UCUUGUACUGGCGCACAACUUUUGCUGGCAGAAGCAUGUGAGGAUGGUGAGGUGUUGACUGAUCACAGGGGAACGGGGACACUGGACAGUUGUAUUGGACAUGUCAGCCAGGUGGGACCGAGACGCCGGCAGUCGUGGGAACCGGAGAAAAAUCUCUCCAGAGGGCGAGCAGCACCGGGAGGUGGCGGAGAAAUCAAACCGACACAGCAGAACGGUGCGUGGUUUCUCCAGAGAUGCUGCAAGUCUAAAGGGAACUGCGUCAGCAUGCGAGGAAAACUUCCCCACAGCUCUGCCAGUGCUGCUGGAUGUGGUCAGGGGUCCUGACCGCCUUCCUGCAGAUGAGGAGUCACAGGAAAUGCUGAGAGGGAAACUGCGCAUUCUGCAAGCUGACAGCACCGAGGUCAACGCUCUAUUCAUGGAGCUGUCCACUAAUCUCAUCUCCAUCAACAGUGAAGAAAAAGUGAUUCUUGUGACAUUCAAAACAUUUGAGGAAAUAUGGAAGUUCACCACAUAUUACACUUUAGGUUUCCUGGGUCGGUGUAUGGAGAAUUUGUUGUUAGACCAGAAAUUCUGGCUCAAUUCUUUGGAGGAAGACAUCGCAAUCGAGGUUUCCAUUCAGGAGGAAACUCUUAACCUGAUCUACAAAGGCAUCCUCAUGCAGGAAGGUUCAUUGUUUGCUAGUUGUAGUACCAACCAGAUGUUUGACAGCUCCACCUCUGGAGGUGACCUGUACCUGGAGCAGGGAGAUAUAGCCCAGUUUGAGCCUCCCUUCCUGGGCUCAGGAUGGACAGUCCUCUGCCUGGCUGACGGAGCCAGAGGGACAGCACCCAAACCUGCUCUGGAGCUGGUCGUCCCUUUUUAUCAAUGGUUUCUCAAAUCCUGUGCAGAGAGCAUUUUAGUUGGUGAUGGGAAACCUGCCUGUGACUUCCCUCUGCAGUUUGCCAGAGGAACCUGUCUGGCCACAGAGGAGUAUGAUGCUGAGGGCCCAGAUGAGCUGAGUGUGGCAUCCGGCGAUCGCAUCAUCAUUGUGGGGCUUCUGGUGUCCUGCUUUGAUUGGUUCACAGGGAGGAAGGAGGCGACAGGAGAAGUGGGUCUGGUCAAGACAAGCCUGGUGAAACCAUCCACGGACAUUUACAACUCAGAAGAUAUCUUUUUGGACAGAGAGGACAGGACAUUCUUCAGUCUGCAAGAAGGCAAAGUCAUAAAGGAAACAACUGCCUUAUUGAAGGAGAAAUCUCAAAAUGAUAUUGGUCAUAGCUACAAACUGGAUAUCAUCAGUGACCAAGACUCUGAGAAAAAAAAAUCAUGCAGCUCUUCAGGCAAAGUUGAUUUUCAGCAGCAGACUGACCUGAAGAGAAAUAUUCAGAGAAUUCUUGAUCAAGGAAAAGACUCACUACCAGAUUCCAAAGUGACCAUAAACGGGACACUCGGGGACUUGGUCCUGGCCGCAGAGGAAAAAAACCCAAGCCCUCCCUGUUUCACUGUUCAUCCUGUUGUAGAAGGAAACAACAACACUGAGAACUUCAUUCCUCUCUUCUCUUUUUUGGAUGGACAAGACUACAAAAUAGAGUUUGGCAUUUUGUAUGGACUAAGUUCGGAAGUCCUCACCUCCUCCACCUUCACUGGUCACUCAGAUGAGGAUGAGCUGAUUGCCUUCCUGGGCGUUGCUAGGGAAACGGCCAGGAAGAAGCGACUCUUUUGGUCACAGACGCGUUUGUGCUUCCUGUUGGGUAAGCUCUGUGCCGGGAGGUUAAAGUUCAGCCAGGCCCGGGUUUACUUUGAGGAAGCCCUCAGUGUGCCACGAGAAGGCUUCAUGGAUCUCAGGCUAUUGGCCAGCAUCUACUCCAACCUGGUUGCCAUAUAUCUUUUGCAGAAAAAUACUGAAAGUUUCUUUGCUCUGACAGAGCGGCUUGUUGCCUUGCUAAUGGGAAUCCCAGACUGCCUGGAAUGCUUAGAGGACAACUCUGCUCUUAAAUACAUCCUCAAGAAAGCUGUUCUCUCUCACAACCAAAUGGCAGAGGCCCGGGCUUGUCAUCUAUUGGCUAAGCACCACUGGAUUCGUUCUGAGGGGGUGAAAUCUGUUCCUUACCUUGAGAGACUGCUCGUUCUUUGUGCUGAAUCUCAAAGAACAUGGGGCAUCUCUACCAGUCAUGAAUACCUGUCCCUGGGAAGGCUCUACAGCAAACACCGACUUCCCCAUCUCAGUGUUAGUUCAGCCAGGAGAGCUUCUGUACAGCCCUCUGCUACACUGACAGACUGCCUUAGCAGCAUGGUUCUAGUUUUGGACGAUAUCAAUAGACUGUAUGGGAUUACAGAACAGGAAGCCUCCAUCCCACCUCAAGUGGCUCCAUAUUUACAUCAAGCCCUCUCUUCUAGCAAAGUCCAAGGAGGGGGAAGUGAUCAAAACCAUGUUUUGAGCCACCAGCUUACUCUUUGCCUCUGCCAACUCUUUUGCAAGCACAGAAUGGUUGGACACGCUAUCAGCCAUAUGCAUACUCUCAUAAACGACAAUCCUCCCUCACAGCGACUCCCCAUUUCUGUUCCAGAAAGAAACAGUGCCCUCAUCUGGCUGGCAUGGCUUCACAUUGACAACAAUCAGCCAAAUGUUGCUUUGGAUAUCCUGGACUCUGUCCUAGCUUCCAUGCCAGAACACUGCACUACCCCUCAGGAAGGUGUGGUCCUCAACAUGCGUGGUGUGGCCCUUCGAUGCAUGGGUGACAUUCGGAGGGCAGCAGAGAGCUACCAGGCUGCUGUUGACAUCUGCCAAGAGUAUGAGGAUAUGCCAAACUGGGCUGUUGCUCAGGCUAACCUAGGGUUGUUAUGUCUGAAGGCUGGAGCUAAAGGACUAGCGCAAAGACACCUGACUGAGGCUGUGCAGCUCUUCUCUGAGUUGGAUGAAGAAGGUCAUGAGGCAAACUUCAUCACAGUACUGCUGGAGCUGGGACAGCACUAUGUUAAGCAGCACCAGCUGGACUACGGGAAAGGAUGCUAUGAAUGGGCCCUGCUGCUAGCUAUCAGCACCAACCUGUUAGACUGCCAGCUCACUGCAACCCAACACCUGUGCCAUCUGUAUGGGUGUGAGAGUCCAGACCAGGCCCAGUGUAUCAUCUACAGUCAGCACCAGGUCCAGCUGCUGAGACACACAGGAGACAGAGAACAGGAGGGGGACGCACUGGAAGCCAUCAGCCAGCUCUGCCUCACACUGGGCACAGAGAGGGCGUACAGGGCAGCUCUUGACUACACCAAGAGCAGUCUGGGUAUUUCUAUCGACCUGGGCUGCAGGGAGAAGGAGGCGUAUGGCUGGCUGCAAGCUGGGAAGAUCUAUCACCUGGUGAACCAGACUGAACUGGUGGAUCUUUAUAUUCAGGCAGCUCAGGAUGUUGCUCUGAGUACAGGAGACACCGGGUUCAUUCUGAGGCUUCUGGAAGCUGCAGGAGACAUUUUCUUCAACAGCAACCAAGACCGGGACAAGGCCAUCACCUUCUAUAGGGACCGUGCUCUGCCCAUCGCAGUGAAGAGCAGCAGCAUACGUUCCAGGCUCAGGCUGUGUAAUAAGCUGACUGAACUGAUGCUCAGUCUCAAGCUGUAUGAGGAAGCUAUGGAGUUUGCUCAGACUGCACUGGACAUCAGUAUCACUCUGGGUGAGCGUCUGAAUGAGCGAGUGGCUUACUAUCGUCUGGCCUCUCUGUACCACUGUCUGGACCAGUAUGAACUGGCUGAACACUAUUACCUAAAAACCCUGACCCUCUGUCCAGCACCUCUGCUGUUUGAUGAGGAAACACUGUACUAUGUCCGGGUAUAUCAGACACUGGGGGACAUCAUAUUCUAUGACCUGAAGGACCCAUUUGACGCUGCAGGCUACUACCACCUGGCUCUAGCUGCAGCCAUGGAUCUGGGCAACAAGAGGUCUCAGCUACAGCUUUGCACCCGCCUCGCCACCAUCUACCACAACUUCCUAGAGGACCGGGAGCUCUCUCUCUUCUUUUACCAGAAGGCUAGAGCAUUUGCUGCAGAGCUCAAUAUGAGGAGGAUUAAUAUCUCACCGGAUCAGCAUUUUAGCAGCAUCUCCCAGUACAAGACCACCAGACAAAAGGAAUGACAAGUCAAAUAUUUGCAACAUAAACUUGAGCAGAUAGCUGGAUGAAUGCUUGUUUUUGGUACAGAAAAAAAUAUGAUUUUAACAGAUCCCAAAGGAAAAUCCAUCUUUAAAACCUUAUCUGGAAGAGAUAAUGAAGAUCAGAAUGUCUAUUCUAAUCAUCUGUUGCAUUGUGAAACUGUAUACGUGCAACUGUAUACGUGCACACAUGCAAAAAUUCAGGAUUCAACUUUACUCAGGCUUCUGUUAAUCCUCAGGAAAUAUACAAAUAGAAUAUAAACCAGAAAGCAGUGAAACCUUUAAGUAAUUGUAUGUCAUUACCUUUAAAAAUUGGGUAGAUGUUUCAGGUCAUUUGAUUUAUUUUUUUCCAGUAUCUUUUGGUAAUUUUUUGAAAUUAAAAGAAACAUGCAGAUUUUAACUAAUCACUCCCUAAAUACAUGUACAUCAUCUGCGUAUAAUGGAAUUCUGUGUUUUCUGGUACUUCUUUUAAUCCCCCUUAGCUGGCAGCUUGCUCUUACAGUUUCAGCUAAAUGUUCUAUGAGCAGCAAAAAAUAACAGAGAGAGGAGACCACCCUGGAUAACCAGUAUCAUAAAGCUGCUUAUCACCUUGCUUAGUUAACUUUGGGUUUUCUUCUGCAGCCACAAGCAUGUUUAUGUGAUAGAGACAGAGCUGCUAAUUACAGCUCUUAAUUAUGAGUUCAUUAGAUUAGUAUGUUAUAUAAUAUGAGAUGAAACUGUGAUACUUGUGGAAAAAUGUGAUUAAAGCACAAGGUGAACUAUAAACAACAUAAUUAACUAGAACAGAAAAGGCUGCAGAAACAAUGAUUUCCAAAUAUUAAAGUAAGGCUAAAAAUAAGUUAAUUAGUUAUGUCUUUAUUACAAAGUAUGUAUUUUUGCACUUUUGUCUGAUGAUGAACAAACUGUUAUCCAUAUAUGUUAGGGAUGGGAAUCGCCGUAUUUUAUCACGAUACUUGUCAUGAUAUGGUAUAAUUGCAAUAUUGCAAUAUGCUGAAUACUGCAAAAAUAAAUAUUGUGAUUUAUUGUCUUUUUAUCCAGCUGUAAAU